CCCGCGCGCUCAGUGCGAAGUUGGAAGCGGCGGCGAACACACGCGCGGCUCCGAGUCGGUGCGGCUCGACCAGUGCUCCUGCCUCUGCUUGCUAACUCAAUCAAGACGCAGCCCGUUGAGUUUCAAAGCGCGCCACUUUGGUUGCUCCAAUCGUUGUGGUAGGAAGCAUGCCAGGCCUCUGCUACUGCUGCUGCUGCUGCCGCCGCGGUAAUUCAUCUCGCUUGUAAGCAUCGAUAAAACACCCCGUCAUGCCCCCGCAUCUGGUGCCCCUGCUGCUUUUUGUGGUGCUCGAGACGGUCGCGUUGGAGGUGCACUGGACUCCCAUCUACCUGGACAGCAACAACCAAGUUGACCUGUGGACGCAAGAAAGCACCGGGUGCCGAUGCCCAUUCGAUUCUUCUCGAAGUGACUGUGCGUGCUGCGUGCCACAGUCCGGCUGCCACUGUGGAGAGUCAGCGCCAAAUCGCUGUCAACAAUGCGGCAUAGAGAAAUUCUGCUCUAACAUGUGCAACAUAACUCUGGACGCGAGAACGCUGCAGGCGCGCUCCAACAAGACUUUCGGCCAAAUCAAGUCGCCCGCGAUGGAGGGCCCGUCCUUCUGCUGGUACCUGCUGCAGCCGGAAAAGGGCCAGCGGGUCGAGGUGCAGAUCUACAGACUGAAGGCCGUCGGCCGCUUCAACGGCACCAGCUGUCACGGCGGUUUUGUUCAGCUGGUGGAUGGAACUGACAUGACUGCCAAGCCCUCCGAUAUCCAGCUGUGCGGCCAAAACGAGCGAUAUACUCCUCCAGCCGUCGUGUUUGCAGACCAAGGCACGGCCACACUGCUCUUCAGUGUUUCAGAAUCGACGGAGCGCUCGCAGUUUUUGGCGUACUUCAGCUUCACCCCAAUUGAUCAUCCCGACUUGGGAUUGCAACCGAAGGGCGGCCAGAGGGUCGAGCACACAGAGUGCGACUGGCUGUACCAGGACUACGCGUGCCGCGGCGCUCGUUCCUGUCUGCUGGCCAGCCCUGGCUACCCGGGGGUCUACCCUCCCAACAGGCUGUGCAAGUACCUCAUCACCACCAGCUCGAUUCACACCAGGAUCCACAUCAAAUUCAUCAAUCAGUUGCUGCCCUACAACCACUGCGGCACCGACUACAUCGCCGUCUACCAGGGCUCCACGUCUUCGGGCCCUCUGCAGACGACAAUAUGCGGCAGCAGGAUGGAAGAACUCAAUUUUACCGGCCCCAAUCUCUUACUUGAAUUCAGCUCCGGACCUCCUGUUCCACCAUACGACUACAAUGGAUUUGUUGCGUACCUGGAGUUCGUUGACCCUUUAAGUGAGGAAGUUCAGACAGAGACGACAGUCAAGGCAUCCAGGACAACUGAAUCAGGCCUGAUUGCUUAUGGCAAAUCCGGACUGGCUCCUAUCGAUGAACACACGAACCCACGGAAGUCACCAAAUUCGGUGUGCGACUUUGUCUUCUACGGCAACAGCACGAGGAGCGGCCACUUUGACACACGCUCAACCAUUGGCUGGCCAAACGAAAAGGGUUCAGCGGUUUGUCGCCUCUCCUUCAUUGGAAGAAAAGUUGACGUUGUUCACAUUUCUCUAUUCAAUUACGACCUAAGAACAUCAGAUUGCGACUCUGCCAUUGAGAUUUUUGACGGAACUUCCAAGAAAGGAGCCAAACCCGUGCAUAAGAUUUGCAGCCCGGCAAGCAGACACGCUCGUGAUCCAAACGGAAGGUUCACCGAUCAAGAAUCGUACUUGUCGACAGGAAACAUGCUGACUAUUCUGGUGAGGAUAGGCAAGCACAGCCAAAAGGAAGCGCUUGACGGAGCGUUUGCGUUUCACGAUGAAAAAGUUGCGGGCACCCAGAGGCCUGACCUAGCGUGCGCCGUCGAGUUUUUGGGCUCGAAAGGACCUCAGGCAGGCGAAGUCAAAAGUCUAGCCACUCAGCAUAUCUACUGGAACAUUGAAGGCCCACUGAAUUGCUCACAAAUUUUUAAACCCAAUUUCAGCCAAAGCGUCACUCUAAGCAUCAAUUCAAUGAGCAAAAGCAGCGACUCGCACUGCAGCACAAACUGCGACGGAGACAGAGGCUGCGACUGCUUAACAAACCUCAUGUCCCUGGACCAGGUCGACCAUCUCAAAAUUGUGACAGCCGACACGGGAGUGCAACUUGCGUGCAUUUGCGGAAAGCCGAGGGACGGAUUGCUGCCCAUAUCAGUUCACAGUCUGAGCCCGCUGACCAUGGUGUAUCGGGUAGCGCACUACAGCUGGACCACCCCCGGGUUCAACUACAAAGCGUCUUAUCAGUUCUCUCCAGACAGAGGGUGCGGCCAGCCUGUCUACAUGGAAACGUCUGGAAUAAUUGACACGAGGCAAAUGUUUGGUGUGAUUGCCUCUCACGGGCGCCACAAGUACAACCACCUAAAAUGCUUGUGGCUCCUACAGUCCAACGUCGAGCGUCAAAUCAUUAUUGAAAUUUCGACUAGUCAAAACAUUGAUUCCUGUGGAGCUUGGAACAUCUCCAUCCACAAGCCAAGCAAAAAUGGUCUGGGUCCCAAUCACAAUUCUAUUCAUACUUUCUGCCCAGGCGAAAGAAAAAGACUGUAUACCCUGCCAUGGAAGGUGCACUCGGCCUACAUUAGGCUGAAUGCUUUGACUAGGGCGCCAGGCCCGCUGUUUGCGGUGCGGUGGAGCUCAAAAAUCGCGACCGCCAACAACCGAGUGUCUGGUCCAAACGACGCGGCCGUGCACUCGGCUGGGGUGCGGUCGUCGCUCAUGUGGCUGCUGCUCGGACUGGUCGCCCUGCUGAUGCAGUGACUCGAUCUCAAAACUUAGUGUGUGGUCUGCUGGUGUAGAGGCGCACUCGAAAUCAAUUAGACGCCGCGUUGCAAUUGUCAUCUAGGAUUGUGUAUGAAUGUUCCUGUCUGAAACUUUUAACUCGUGCAAUAUUCAUUAUUUGCCUAACAGUGUAAUGACUGUUGGUUCUAAAUUUGCUAAUGUUGCACCUUCAAAAGAGACUCGCAAAUCUGAAUUGAAUUUGUUUAGUUGGUUUUUGGAGAUAACUGCGUGUCUCUUUUGCAGGUGACGAACCACUUGCAAAUACUAUCAAUAUGUGUGUGAGUAAAAUCUUGUGUAUCGUGUAUGUAAAAAGUACAGAAUUACAGAUUAUUGUUUUCGUAACAAAAAUGCACUGAAAACAGAAUUAGCCGAGUAAUUUAUAAUCCUGUUGAGCCAAGAGUGGCAGAAAACGAAUUUAUGGGAAAUGUCGUUAUCGGGACGAGUAAGCAAAAAUAUUCACGUUUUUGACGAUCGAAUGUUGAGUAAAAUAAAACACUGUUUUAUACGUGAA